UCACCAACAUCACCGACACCAGUGUGGGACUGAUGGACUACAUGUUGAAACAGACAGUGCCCAUAAUAACUGUGCUGGGGAUAUCGUACUUCCUGACGUUUGCGUCGAGUAUUAUCGGGAACAUUCUAGUCAUCUUAGUCGUCCUCAAGAUACCUAGAAUGAGAACCGUGACCAACUACUUCAUCUUGAACCUGGCCGUGAGCGACAUCCUCGUGGCCAUCUUCUGUAUGCCGUUCACCCUGGUGGACAACAUCAUACGCGGGUGGAUAUUUGGAGAUGUGAUGUGUAAGCUGUCCCCGGCAGUACAAGUUGUGUCGGUCUCGGCGUCUCUCUUCACGCUUGUCGGCAUUGCUUUCGACAGGUUCUUCGCUAUCGUUCAUCCGACGAAACAUGCGAUCAACAUUCGCAGCACGCUGUACGUCAUCAUCACAGUCUGGGCCUCAGCUAUCUGCGUCAUGAUACCACAGGUUCUCCUCAUAGAAGAUCGCGCGUUGGUCUAUGAAGGGAUUGUCGUCAUGCACGUUUGUGAAGAGACCAACAAGAUGUGGCGGAAGGUUUACACCCUGGUGCUCUUUGUCAUCUGCUACAUCGGACCGCUGACCAUCAUCAUGUACCUGUACGCCAGGAUAGGCCACAAGGUCUGGUUCAAACCAUCUCCAGGGGGCGGUAAGGCAUCAGUGGAGGCGAGAAUGAAUGAGAUGAAGAAGAAGAAGAGAGUAAUCAAAAUGCUGUUGUCAGUAGUCAUUGUGUUUACAUUGUGCUGGCUGCCCUUACAUUCCAUCACACUUCUUAACGACUACGGCCGCUUGGAUUCCAGCCAGCUCGAUCUUGUUUACAUAUACAUCUAUCCUAUUGCCCAUUGGCUGAUAUACUUGAAUAGCUGCGUUAACCCUGUCAUAUAUGGGUAUUUCAACCGGAAUUUCCGUGCAGGAUUUAAGUCCCUGGUGCUAGGGAAGUCAGAAGGGCCACAGGGAAAUAAUGUGAUGACGACUCCAAAUCAUGAAGCUAAUGGAGAGACUCCAAAACGCGUCAUUGCGAUCAGCUCCUCACCAAAUAUGAAACAUACUGAGGUGUAG